AUGGCUAGAGGGCAGCCGGGCGCAUGGGGCGCACAGGCAGCAGGGCAGCAGGGCGCGCGGGGCGCGCAAGGCUGCAGUGCGCGCAGGGCGCGCAGGGCAGCAGGACAGCAGGGCGCGCGGGCCCAGCAGGGCUGCAGGGCGCGCAGGGCAGCAGCAAGGGCUGUAGCGGCAACAGCAAGGGCUGUAGCGGCAGCAGCAGGGCAGCAGGGCGCGCGGGGCGCAGCAGGGCUGCAGGGCGCGCGGGGCGCGCAGGGCAGCAGCAAGGGCUGUAGCGGCAACAGCAAGGGCUGUAGCGGCAGCAGCAGGGCAGCAGGGCGCACAGGGCUGCAUGGCAGCAGGGCGCACAGGGCUGCAGGGCAGCAGGGCAGCAGGGCGCGCGGGGCGUGCAGGGCUGCAGUGCCCGCAGGGCGCGCAGGGCAGCAGGACAGCAGGGCGCGCAGGGCUGCAGGGCGCACGGGGCACAGCAGGGCUGCAGGGCGCGCGGGGCGCGCAGGGCUGCAGGGCGCACGGGGCACAGCAGGGCUGCAGGGCGCGCGGGGCGCGCAGGGCAGCAGCAAGGGCUGUAGCGGCAACAGCAAGGGCUGUAGCGGCAGCAGCCGGGCAGCAGGGCGCACUGGGCUGCAGGGCAGCAGGGCGCACAGGGCUGCAGGGCAGCAGGGCGCGCGGGGCGGGCAGGGCUGCAGGGCGCACGAGGCGCACAGGGCUGCAGGGCGCGCGGGGCGCACAGGGCAGCAGGGCAGCAGGGCGCACAGGGCUGCAGGGCAGCAGGGCGCGCGGGGCAAACAGGGCAGCAGGGCGCACAGGGCUGCAAGGCAGCAGGGCGCACAGGGCUGCAGGGCAGCAGGGCGCGCGGGGCGCGCAGGGCGCGCAGGGCAGCAGGACAGCAGGGCGCGCAGGGCUGCAAAGCGCGCGGGGCGCACAGGGCAGCAGGGUAGCAGCAAGGGCUGUAGUGGCAACAGCAAGGGCUGUAGCGGCAGCAGCAGGGCAGGGGGGGGCGGGGGGGGCUGGUGCUGCAGAUCCCCUCCUGCCUCCCGCAGGUACGGGGCGGGUGCUGGGCUAGGGACGGGGCCGGGUGCUGGGCAGGUACGGGGCCGGGCGUUGGGCAGGUACGGGGCCGGGCGCUGGGCAGGUACGGGGCCGGGCGCCGGGCAGGUACUGGGCCGGGCACUGGGCAGGAACGGGGCCGGGCGCUGGGCAGGUACGGGGCCGGGCUCUGGGCAGGUACGGGGCCGGGCGUUGGGCAGGUACGGGGCCGGGCGCUGGGCAGGUACGGGGCCGGGCGCUGGGCAGGUACGGGGCCGGGCACUGGGCAGGAACGGGGGCCGGGCGCCGGGCAGGUACGGGGCCGGGCUCUGGGCAGGUACGGGGCCGGGCGUUGGGCAGGUACGGGGCCGGGCGCUGGGCAGGUACGGGGCCGGGCACUGGGCAGGAACGGGGGCCGGGCGCUGGGCAGGUACGGGGCCGGUCGCUGGGCAGGUACGGAGCCGGGGCGCGGGCUAA